GCGAGAGGUCCCGGGUUCAAUUCCCGGGCGAGCCCUGUAUUUUUUAUUAACUUAUUUUGUCACUUGAAUCACGCAAGACAGACGUUUCCGGACAUUUUAUAGUUAUAAUAAAGAUAUAAUUUUGUUGUGACAUUGAAAUGUAACUCUAACAUUUUAUGCAUUUUGUUAUCGUCCUUUGAAAUGGACUUGCCUCAGAAUAAGAUACUGUCUAGGACAUUUAAUCCAUGGCGCACUUCUCUGGUACCCAUCUGGCUCGCUGGUCUAGUGGUAUGAUUCUCGCUUAGGGUGCGAGAGGUCCCGGGUUCAAUUCCCGGGCGAGCCCUGAAAUUUUUUUAACUCUUGAAUGUCCAUAUUGGGUACAUACAGUUCGCUCCGUUUUGAAAUCAGAUUGCCAAACCCAUUUCUUGACUUUUAUAUGAACACGUAUUGGCCGGGCCCCGCAGCGAUUUAUUGUUUAGGCUCUGCUUUGAAGCCAUGUUGGUUUGUCAUUAUUCAUUGAGUCCGGCAGUGACAUCCAAUCAGAUGAGCCAAGCUAUGACGUCACUCACUCCGAUCCCAGCCGACAACUGCCCGACCUGAGAGCGAGAUGCCUUCAGAUUCCGAGAAUUUCCUUAUUUGGGAAACAUAGGUGACGUGUGCAAACAACAGCAAGAGGGGACGCUGGCGGCCAUUUUGAUGUGCCACAAGUUUUACUUCUCGGCGACAAUAAUGGAUCAAAAAGGUCACAAGAUGAAGCUGCAAGGUGUCUGUAGAGUUUGUGGACUCCGGUUCAAGUUCAAGAAAGGUCGAAAUCCCAAACCAGCGAAAGCUUUCAAAGCACCCAUCUCUUACUUGUAUCAGGGUUGUGAUGUUGAACACGACAACAAAGAUAUUCACCCACCCCAUGUCUGCGAUAAAUGCAGAUCUGCGUUGUGGAGAGUACAGUCAGCUAUCACUAAAGGUAAAAAGCCAACCACCAUGCUACCAAAAAAACUUCCAGAAUUUUCCCCACACACUGGCGACUGCAGUAUUUGCAACUAUAAGGAAACUGGAAGGCCAGUAAAGAAAAACAUUAAGUCAAAAUACCGAGGACAAGUAGUCGCAUCACUUCGCAAACAGUCGGUACAGGUGUCUACUUCACUUGCUCCUGUUGCGGACGUGAAGUGUUCUCCUCCCCCUGACGUCAGCAUGCAGUCAGCUCCUCCACGUGCAGCUGACGUGACGUGUUCUCCUCCCCAUGACGCCAGCAUGCAGUCAGCUCCUCCACGUGCAGCGGAGGUGACGUGUUCUCAUCCCCUUGAUGCCAGUAUGCUGACAGCUCCUCCACGUGCUGCGGACGUGACGUGUUCUCCUCCCCCUGACGUCAGCAUGCAGUCAGCUCCUCCACGUGCUGCGGACGUGACGUGUUCUCCUCCCCCUGACGUCAGCAUGCAGACAGCUCCUCCACGUGCAGCUGACGUGACGUGUUCUCCUCCCCCUGACGUCAGCAUGCAGUCAGCUCCUCCACGUGCAGCUGACGUGACGUGUUACCUUCCCCUUGACGUCAGCAUGCAGCCUUUUAAACCUCCUUGUACUGAAUAAGGCUAUAACAAGUUUAUGGAUGGCCAUGGCAUCCGUGUGUUAAGUAUCUUUUGUCUAAUUCUGGAGAGAAAAAAUCCCUCCAGAAAUGGUGAACAUGACGAGAAAGUACUAAAAGUGGGAAGGCAUGUCGUCUUGGCACAUGUAGCCAUGGUUGUUGUUGUAGUUGUAGAAUGAAAACUAGUUUGUUAGUGAAAGUGGCAACAAUGUGCUAGUUAUAACUGUAUUUUCAAACUUAGAAAAUUGAAACAUGUACUAGUCUACCACAC